CUUCUGAUGUUACAGCUCCAUUUCUAGAUUUCACUUCAUCUUUGGCUCAGAAAUCCACUUCCUCUUUUUCUUUUUAUUUUCUCUCCUUUUUCUCUCAAACCAAUGAGUUUCCUGAUUUUUCAAAAGAAGUGAUCCACUUUUCUCAAGUCUUUCUGAACCAACAUGGACAGUUUAGUGGCUGUUUCUUGUCCAUCAUGUUGAUUGAUGUUUGUCAUGUUGCUGAGAAAACACUGGGUUUUCUCUUCUUCUCCAGGUGUUUACUACUUUACUACAGUCUGACUUUGUUUCUCUCAAGUCUCCAUUUCUGCUUCACACAUUCCUCCACUGGAUUUAUGGAUUGAUGUUGAAGAUAUUGAGGACAAUGUUCAUCAGCUCCAAUAGAAUCAUCAUCUCUGCAGCUCAUGUUCAUAAUAUUGGAGCAGAAUCACACCUUUUUUCAUCGGAGCUCCUUUCUCUGUUGGGUCCACUGAGUUUGACUUUGAAGUGUUUUGUCUUCAUCUCCAUGUUUCUGUUCUCUUGUUGCUCUUUUGACCAAUAAUAGAGCCAAAACACUGGCCUCACAACAGUCGCAGUGUUUCAGACAUGUUUGAUCAGGUUGAUCCUGACUGAUAUAAAAGUGCUUCAAAUAUUCCAACCAUAAUGUGAUGAUGAUCUUCUGAAUGGAAAGAGUUCAGUGGCUCCUCACAUCAAGUCUUUAAAGUCUUGUCACAAUAGAGGAUUGAAAAAGUCUCACUUGUUGAUGACACUCGUCUCUUUCACAGCCUGAGCAGCUGUGAACUGUCAGAGAGAAGUGGUUCCCUUCUGUCCUCAGUCCUCAGCUCUCCGUCCUCUAGUCUGACACACCUGCACCUGAGCUACAACAGGGGCAUGAAGGAUGCAGGAGUGGAGCUGCUGUCUGCUGGACUGAAGAGUCCUCACUGUCACCUGGAGACUCUCAGUCUGAGACGGUGUAGGAUCUCAGAGAGAGGCUGUGCUUCUCUGGCCUCAGCUCUGACCUCUAACCCCUCCCACCUGAGAGAGCUGGACCUGAGCUCCAACCAUCCAGGAGGAGCAGGACUGGAGCUGCUGUCUGCUGGACUGGAGAGUCCAGACUGGAGGCUGGAGACUCUCAGGCUGGAACCCUGUGGACCACUGUGGUUAGAGAUCUGACCUGAAGAAGUGUGAGUGAGUGUUUGAUCCAUGAGAACUGCUGGACUCACAAGUCUCUGACAGAGCAGCAGUGGUGAUGAACUUUGACCUUCAUCUCUUUCAUUGGUCAAGACUGACUCCGAGUCUCAGCAGCCGCUGCCGUCAUCAUGGAGAGUUUCCAGCUCUUCUGAGUCUCAGUGGAGAGCAGCACAGAGAAAGAGUCCUCAACAGCAGUCAGAGAAGAAGCCUCCACCCUCACAGAAGCUCUUCAUCUGUGGAAACGCUUCUCUCUUCAACGCCCCAAACAGCUCAGAUGUCCAGCUUUUGCUCUUGUUUUCCAUGACUCCUUCAUGCCACUUCCUCUCUGAAGCCUUCAGUCGUGUCCAUGACUUGAACCCUGAUAUGAGCCCUUUGAUGUGGACACUUGAGGAGCCUGUGUUUUGGACACGUGGACUUUGUUCAUCACAUGUCACUGGCUGAAAUGAUCUUCCUCUGAAUGCAAACCGACAGAUGCUCAUGACUCAGUAGGAACAGGGCUGUUUGACUCACCAUGUGAUCUUCUUCUUCUCACCAAGGUAGUUCCAAACACAAGACCAUGUACCUGAACAAUGUCUUUUAGAAGUCAGCAGUGACUCAGUGAGAAGCUAUGGAGAAAUGGUGUGAUGAGGUCACCAGCUGAGACCUCCAACCACGGCCUCCUGAUAUGGUGUGGGAAGAUCAACCUGCCAUUUGAUGUCUGCAGGUCUUUCAACAAGCUCUGUCACGGCUCACUUUGCCUCGUUUUGGACUCAACUCUUCCACAGUGGAAGAACCUGUUUUGGAUUUGCUGCACUGCAGGUAGAGACGGAGGAACCUGCUUUAAAGUUGGAGGAAUAUACACCUCUAAUGUAUCAUCCGUUUGCUCGCGAGAGUGUGGACCAGAAACCCAGCAGUUCAAAUGAGAAAGAAAGUCUUCCCUGCCAGAGGAGUCUAGUGACCCUGCCAGAGCUCUGGCUCCACAGCCUCAGCUCCAGUGGUGGAGACUGAGACCAAGACUCAUCGUCUCUGGCUCUGACUCUUUCAUGACACACUUCACUUCAUCUUGGUCUGCAGUCUCCACUCAGGGGUCCUGGGCUCUUGGGGUCCCCGUUGCCAUGGCGCCACAUUCCUGAUCUGGUGUCGACUCCCCUUGGUUUGGAGCGACGUAGAUGAUUCCUCUUGUUGUUGCCCAUUUCCUGGCCUUUUU